AUGGCUUAUAACCAAUUCCCGUCAUUUGUCUUGCCACUGUUGCUCAUCUCCUUGGCAUCCAUGGUUGGCAACACAAUUCCGGCAGAGGCUCGCCACCUUGUGGAGACAAAUUUGCCUGAGCUUCCUAAGCCUGAAUUGUCAUCACUUCCUAAGCUUCCAACUUUACCAGAACCCCAACAGCCGUCUAUUCCUAAGUUGGAAGUGUCAAAAUUGCCUGAAUUACCCAUCCUUGCUGAUCUUAUUAACCUACUUAAGUCUAUAUUUCCCACCAUUCCAGCCAUAAAAGACAUGCCUAUCCCUACUCUCAAAUCAUCUCAGACCACCACUACUCCCUGA